UUUGCUCAUAGCUUGUUCGCAGCCAUGAGGGAGAUUCUUCACAUCCAAGGUGGUCAGUGCGGCAACCAGAUUGGAGCUAAGUUCUGGGAGGUGGUGUGCGACGAGCACGGCAUCGAUCCCACCGGGACGUACCACGGCGACUCGGAUUUGCAGCUGGAGCGCAUCAAUGUCUACUUCAACGAGGCCAGUGGUGGCCGCUACGUUCCUCGCGCGGUGCUCAUGGACCUGGAGCCCGGCACCAUGGACAGUGUCCGCUCCGGGCCUUACGGCCAAGUCUUUCGGCCCGACAACUUCGUCUUCGGCCAGACCGGCGCUGGGAACAACUGGGCCAAGGGACACUACACUGAAGGAGCGGAGCUCAUCGACUCCGUCCUGGACGUGGUUCGCAAGGAGGCCGAGAGCUGCGACUGUCUCCAAGGGUUUCAAGUGUGUCACUCCAUGGGAGGAGGGACCGGCUCUGGGAUGGGAACUCUCCUCAUCUCCAAGAUCCGCGAGGAGUACCCGGACAGGAUGAUGCUCACCUUCUCCGUGUUCCCGUCGCCCAAGGUCUCGGACACCGUUGUGGAGCCCUACAACGCGACGUUGUCCGUCCACCAGCUGGUGGAGAACUCGGACGAGUGCAUGGUUCUGGACAACGAGGCGCUCUACGACAUUUGCUUCCGGACCCUCAAGCUCACCACUCCCACCUUUGGCGACUUGAACCACUUGAUCUCGGCCACCAUGAGCGGGAUAACUUGCUGCCUCCGCUUCCCGGGCCAGCUCAACUCGGACCUCCGCAAGCUCGCCGUCAACCUCAUCCCCUUCCCUCGCCUCCACUUCUUCAUGGUGGGAUUCGCGCCGCUCACGUCGAGGGGGUCGCAGCAGUACCGCGCGCUGAGCGUCCCGGAGCUGACCCAGCAGAUGUGGGACGCCAAGAACAUGAUGUGCGCGGCGGACCCCCGGCACGGCCGCUACCUCACCGCCUCGGCGAUGUUCCGGGGUCGCAUGAGCACCAAGGAGGUGGACGAGCAGAUGCUCAACGUCCAGAACAAGAACUCGUCCUACUUCGUCGAGUGGAUCCCAAACAACGUUAAGUCGAGCGUGUGCGACAUCCCGCCCAAGGGGUUGAAGAUGUCGGCGACGUUCAUCGGGAACUCGACGUCGAUCCAGGAGAUGUUCAAGCGAGUGAGCGAGCAGUUCACGGCCAUGUUCCGGCGCAAGGCGUUUCUUCACUGGUAUACCGGUGAGGGGAUGGACGAGAUGGAGUUUACCGAGGCGGAGAGCAACAUGAACGAUCUGGUGUCCGAGUACCAGCAGUACCAGGACGCCACCGCCGAUGAGGAGGGCGAGUUUGAGGAGGAAGAGUGA